CCUGAAUGCAUUAUGAGUCUGCAACUGAAUUAUACAAUAACAAAUGGCUCUAAAUAGCUAGCUUGAUAACACUACGCGGCGGAUAUUAGGAUGCUGAUGGUGUUGUUCAGCGAGAGUUCCUACGGUUCCUACCUACACACACAUUGCAAACUAUUUGAACUAUUGGAUGAAGGAUUUUGACCAUGAUGCGAGACUCGAUUGCUUUGGACUGAAAAUUGUUCCAGACCUGACCCAAGCAGGCAUGAUAAGUGAAUCAACGACUCGUGUUCUAAAGCCAAGCUCUGUCGUCUGAAAUAUGGAAGCUGAUGUGAAUACGAAACUACCUUCAGAGCAUGCCGAUAUUCUCGGAGUUCAUUCUCAUGGGACCAAACAGGCAGCGCUGUUCACAAGCUCUUUCCUCAAGAGGAGCCUGCCUAGCAGCAGGGAACGCCUGGAUGAGCGGCUGCUUCGGAAGGCUGUUGUGUUGGAGUACAGCAAACCAAAGAAGGCCAAGGUGAAAAGGAAAAAGGCUAAAGGGCUCAAUGCCAGAGAAAGAAGAGAGCUGAAAGUCUUCCAGAUCAAACCAGAGCAUCAAAAAUACAGUCUGUUCUUGCCACUACAUGAGCUGUGGAAGCAGUACAUACGUGAUUUGUGCAAUGGAUUGAAACCAGAAAGCAAUCCCCAGAGUAUCCAGCAGAAGUUCUUGAAGGCGGACCUCCAUGGGGCAGUACUAGCAGUGGUGCGAUCCAAAUGCCCCACGUAUGUGGGCAUUACGGGUAUCCUGAUCCAGGAGAUGAAGCAUGUGUUUAAAAUCAUUACAAAAGAGGAUAAGCUCAAAGUAAUUCCAAAGAGGAACAGCGUGUUCAGUGUGGAAAUUGAUGGCUUUGUCUCUCAUAUCUACGGGAGCAAAUUCGAGCUGCGGUCCAGUGAACGCUCUGCUAAGAAAUUUAAAGCCAGAGGGACGAUUGACCUAUAAGGAACGCCUAGCCACAACUCUGGAGGUUCCUUCUGCACAGUCUUCUUAGUGAUCUGAUGAGUAAACACUGGUCUGCAGGAGAAUUAAUGACCGGUAGACAUGAAAAGCGCUCGGUAGGUGCUUAUUGUUUCCUUUUUCUUUGUACAGUAAUAUUUUUGGAACAGCUUUUGUAGAUUCACAUUCAAUUAACUGAUGUUCUCUUCAGACCCUGGGGUGCUGUAUUCUCUAGUCAGGAGAGUUCUGUGUUUUUUGUGUAUCAUAGGCUCUAUCAUUUUUGUCCACAAGGGCGAGCUCAAUGCACCCUUUUUAUUUUACCUCCUAGUUUUUUUUUUUUUCAUGGAUAUGGCAUUCAUUUGAUUUUCAAAUGUUUCUUUCAUUCAAAUAAAAUUGUCAUUUUAAAAAGGAAAAUAAGUCUUGAAAUCUGAAAUAUUUUUGCCAUGUUGCCGUUUGGGAUAUACAUUACUCGUUACCAGACUAUUAUUGCAUCCAUCAAUUUUGCUAAAUACACUGACUUAGUAGCCAAAUCAAGAUUUUCAGUGGCUUGUUUCCUGCCCCAUAAAAUAACAGCAUCACUACCAGUGCUAGUAAGUUCCAGUAUAUUUAAUAUCAAUGUGGAGCUAAGGCACAUAUGUAAGCUUUCUGUUUAAAUCACAAUUUGCACAGUAGUUAAGCUGUUGAUCAAAUGUGUUUAUACUGUGUGUUUGUUGGUCAGACAUUUAAGAACAAAAACAAAAUCGCAUAACCAAGUGGCAUUAACAGUGACAAAGAAUCACACAGAAAGACUGAAACUUGUGUUUUGUUUGGCACACAUUAGCAGACUGACACCUUGCCACACCCUGUUGAUCAUUGCUGGGAAUUUCUCAACAUUCUCAUUGGAGGGUGGUUUUGAUUGUUGGCGUCAUGGAUACUCUAGAAAUCCCCAUUUUCUUUUAACUUCAACACGGUUAUUGGUUGUUCACAUAAAGCCAUUGAAAUAUAUAGGUGAUGGUCAAACAUACUGGACAUUAAAUACUGUCAGGGUCUACAAAUGUAUUCAGACAAUUUUGAAAGAUUUUUUUUUGUUUUUUUUUGUUUUUGUUUAAAUUGUCUUUUCUUGUAAAUUGUCAACUUGUCAAAAAUUGACAGUGUUGUAAAUAAAUUGCUUCUGAAUCCCAUGCA